UUGGAACGUUGUAGAGAAGAAGAGCAUAACUAUUGUAGGGGCUUUUAUUGAGGCAUCAUGCACAGAAGAGGAGUAGGAGCUGGAGCGAUCGCCAAAAAGAAACUUGCAGAGGCAAAGUAUAAAGAGAGAGGAACUGUCCUUGCUGAGGAUCAAAUUGCACAGAUGUCAAAACAACUGGAAACCUUUAAGACCCAUUUGGAAGAGUUUGCCAGCAAACACAAACAAGAAAUCCGUAAGAACUCUCAGUUCAGGGUGCAGUUCCAAGAGAUGUGUGCCACCAUAGGAGUCGACCCACUGGCAUCUGGAAAAGGAUUUUGGUCAGAGAUGCUUGGAGUUGGAGAUUUCUACUAUGAGCUUGGUGUACAGAUCAUUGAAGUCUGUUUGGCUCUAAAACACAGAAAUGGCGGUCUCAUCACACUGGAUGAACUUCACCACCGUGUCUUGAAAGGAAGAGGGAAGUUUGCACAGGAUGUGAGCCAGGAUGACUUGGUGCGGGCCAUCAAGAAGCUCAAGGCUAUGGGAAACGGCUUCGGGAUGAUUCCUGUUGGAGGCUCUUAUCUAGUCCAGUCGGUCCCAGCAGAGCUCAACAUGGAUCACACUGUUGUCCUUCAACUAGCAGAGAAAAAGGGCUACGUGACAGUGAGCGAGAUCAGAGACAGCCUCAAGUGGGAGAGAGAGCGGGCCAGUCACGUUCUUGAUCACCUGCUGAAGGAAGGCUUAGCAUGGCUGGACUCCCAAGCUGCGGGAGAGCCACAGUACUGGCUUCCUGCUCUGUUCUCGGAGCUGUUAUCACGGGACGUUACGCCUGAGGAGGCCAACCAAAUGACACCUUGAGAAUAAGACGUUAUUUUGUAAAUAGGUUGUCUUGGUGGAUAGAGUCCAAGGUCAAAGAAUGUCGCAAUGUUGCAAUAAAAAUGGAGAAUAAAAACAUCUAUUCAGUCACAUUUCUCACAAUAUGUUUAUUAUUCCAAUGCCUUAUUAACCACUGGAAAAAGUUUAGGGAAAUAAGACCAUGCCAGUUGUUGUAAUUGUAUAAGUGCAAUCUGUAUUAUAUCUCCUAUAAAAAAAAUAUAUAGAUGUAUAUUGAAAAUGUGGUUCCAGUUUAUUCAGUGAUACUAGAACCAUGACCUAAUAAUAAGAAAAAUCGUCCCUAUUUUAGAUAAGUAACAGCUAAUAAUAAAAGAUAAGCGCGGCAUAUCUAGAAAAUCCUGGACUAUUCAGUGCAACCUUACUUUCCCAAAGACAGUAUAGCAGAUGAAUAAAAAAAUGGACUAAUCCUCAUGACUAUAGACGUGAUCUUCAAACUCCUGCUGCUCCAUAUCAUCACAGAUCAGAGUGCAGAGUGGACAGAUUUUGUGAGACUGCUCAUGUUCUACCAGUUCAACCUCGUUGAUGCCAGGAAAGACCACCCGACAAUGCUGGCAGACCCUAAUCUACACAUAAGGAAAUGCAUACAGUUGAAUCAUUUUGACCUCAUUCUUGAAAUACUGCAUUCAUUAAAAAAGUAAUUACCUGUUUAUCUUGAUCAGAAGGAUUUUCUAUAAUGCAGAAAUGAAAUCUGAGUUUAAUAAACUUGGAGAAAUGCUUCAA